AGGAAAUGACUGGUGGGGCCUUUCGUUCCCUUGCAGCUACCCAGCAUGCCGCACACCCGAUGCUCUGGAGCCCCCGGCAUGAAGCUCUUUGCCAUUCUGCUGCUUGCUCUUGUGAGCCUGAUAGCUGCUGAGAAUGUAGACGACUCAGAACUGACCACCUUGAACCUUGGAGGAGUGGAGAAUGAGAUAGUUGCCACCUCGGAGGCCUUGGUCUCGACAGCAUAUGACUCAAAGGGGAUAACUACAACACCAAGCACCAAAAACAUCCCAACUGAAGAGAACAAAAUGACAAAAGGGGUAUCUACAGUUCAAACAACAGCAACUAAAGGCAUUAGUACUACCAGCACCAGCAGCCCUGUGAAAUUCCUUAAUAAUAAACAACACCCCUCCUUUGUCGACUUGGAUAAGGAAGCAGCUAUUAAAGAGCAUAAAGAACGCUUUGAAUACGAUUAUGCCUCCUUGCGCAAGUGGGGCCUAAUAGCGGCUGCUAUCCUCUUCGUCCUGGGCAUCCUGAUUCUCACCUGUGGUAAACACGGGAAACUCUUACGAUGCCGAAGGAAAAAGCGAGCCAGAAACUAUGAUGUGACCCCUGCCUGAAGCUACUUCAUGCCCUCCUGAGGCCUUCAGGGUCCCUCUAGAAACCGCCUGCUGCUCUAGUAUUGUGGAGACAACCUUUCCUCUUUUCCUCAAACAGAGAAGUCACUGCUUUUCUUCCCCUCAUCCGAACCUUUCAAUUUCCCCCCUACCUGCUCCCACCAUCUCUGCCCACCCCUCUUGCUCUUCCCAUAUUGAAUUUUCAUUAUCUGCAGUUAAUCCCUUUGUAGAACCAAAACAUUUGAGAAUUCGUAGUUCUUUUUGCACAGCUUGAUUUAAGAGGAGACAUGUGAAUUGGCUCCUAGUUCUGGGGCAAGGCCUUUGACACUCCAGGCCAAGAAAAACCCCUUUUAUCCGAACUCUGUGCCAAGACACCACAGAUUCUGUACUCACAAUAAAGUUUUUGGCGUGGCCCCUGA